GAGGGGAAGAGAUACAGUCGGACGCCACAGGUUGACGCAACGCUCUCCUCUACCUCUAGUUAUAGGGCAACGUGCCAUGUAACCAACUAACAGCGCCUCCCACAGUUCCCUGUAGCCUUAUAUCUCUGGCGGCGGCAUGAGCGUAGAGACCAACUUGCCUCAUUCCGGCGGCGGCAAUGGCCACACAGACGACCGCCGCUACAGCUACUCGGAUUACGAACUGAGGCGUAACAAUACUCGGGUAGUGCGGCCGCAGAUGACUUCCCAGAAUGGCGUCAUUACCAUCAACUCGGACUCAGAUAUCCCCCGUAGAGUUGACCUCAGAAGAGCCAAGUCCCUCCGAGAAGAGAAAAAAGAGUAUCAACCAAAGAGAAAUUCUGUCAUUUUCGACCUCCCGGAGAAAAAUGGCCGUGACGCAACCAGCGACGUCUCCUAUUUUAAUUAUCGACAUGGUCCAAAGAAACCUCCACGACUGAAGAUUCACGAAGAAGUAGAAGAUGAAGGAGAGACGAAACAAGACAAGCAAGAAGAAGGCUUUAACUCCGUCACCUUCAGAAGGAGUCUGGUAAGCGGUCUAGCGAGGGUUCGUUCUCUGGGCGGGAAAGAUCCAGAGUCCCAGAAGGCGGUCGCGGAGAGGAGGACACCGAGGAACAACGGAGCCUAUGUGCAGUUCCGCAACGAGGAAGGCGACUGGCGACGACACAGCAUCCGUAGAGUCUCCCAAUUCGAGACCUGUGACCACACUUUCAAGGUGAUGCUGAUCGGCGACUCGUGUGUGGGCAAGACCUGUAUCCUGACAAGGUUUAAGGAUGGCACCUUCCUCAGCGGCUCCUUCAUCUCUACUGUCGGCAUAGACUUCCGGAAUAAGGUGGUGACUGUGGAGAAGGUGAAGCUUCAGAUAUGGGACACAGCCGGUCAGGAGAGGUUUAGGAGCGUCACCCAUGCUUACUACAGGGACGCCCAUGCGUUGUUGCUCCUCUACGACGUCAUGAACAAGAACAGCUAAAACACGCGGGCGUGGUUGGCCGAGGUGCAUGAGUACGCCCAGGACGACGUGGUUAUUAUGCUUAUAGGCAACAAGUGUGAGGUGAGCGGGGAGCGGGUAGUGAGGCGGGAGGACGGCGAGAGGCUGGCCAGGGAGUACAACGUAGCCUUUAUGGAGACCUCUGCCAAGACCGGCCUCAACGUGGACUCCGCCUUCAUGGCUGUCGCCAGAGAGCUGAAGGCAAGGAAGUCGAACAAUCCCAACGAGCGUAAGUUCAACGUGGCAGACUAUGUGCGUCAGGAAGCCAAGACUGAAGCCUGCCUCUGCAACGUGGGGUAACUGCCGUGCUUGGGGUAACCCGAGCACUCGACCUCCUCUUCAUGAUGUCCACUGACAAAAACUCCAAUUUGGGACAUUCUCAGUCCUUGUCUUUUGGAGUGCCCACUACCAAUGCUUCUGUGUGGGACAUAAUCAAGUUCCAGUUUGGAAAGGCUGUUAUGAUACCGUCUGGAACGCCCAGUUUUGACAUCCGGGCGAGAUGGACUUACUUACUUACAGUACCUCCGUGUGAAAUGGAGAUACAUUGGUGUUAGUGUUGUCGUGAAGAGUUAUGUGGUCCGGAGAAGAGGAGGCUUUGUUGUGCUAGGCUGGAGGGUUGUAACACACUUCCAAGUACGUCAUGACUGAAAAAUUCUGAAUGGCUGUUUGUAUUUGUGUCGAUGGUUAUUUGUACGUGUUCAGGCGCGCAUCUCAAGUGUUGAGAGGCGUAAUACUCUGUGUUCAAUUAUCGAAACACAAGUUAUAUGACAGGAUGAACUUAUACUAACUCAAUAGCAGUGAAUACGAUCCUCAAACGCUAAAGUAAAUAAAGUGUAAAGGCUGAACUUAACAAAGAAACAGCACAUUUUGGCUUUUGCUAAAAUUCUCGUACACGACUGCGGAUUUUUCUCAAGUGUGAAGACAAAAAGACACCAACCUAGGUAAACAGGAUGCUUAUUUGUCCCGGGGAAAGCAAAAUAAUGACGUCAUACCCGAAAUAAGACAAUCCCUGUAGUGUGGCGAGUGUUGUAGCUCUCGUCCCUCAGUAUAAAUGAUCCCAGGCAUCAACAUCACGAUAUUACUAUUAUAUAUAUUUUUAUGUCAUAACCACACUAACCUGAAGGGAAUUUUUCUAUUAAACUAAACUAAUAACGUCAUCAAGAAACUAUAAAAAAUUAGUUUUACAGAACAGUUUAAUGAAGAUUACAAUACACGUAACUCAUAGCCCCAAGGAAAGGGGAAUUAAGAAAAUGAAAACAGAUGACGUAUUGAGAAAAUAUUGACCUCCACCUGAAACUUCUAUUUCAGUAAAUGAUAAUUAUGACACUAUCAAUGUGCCCAAUUACCUAAUAGUCUGAAGUGUUCUAAAAAAAAGACUAACACGUUUCUUGGGGCGAAGAUAAAACCACUAGAGCCUUGUACAUACUUUGUGCUUAAGCUCAGUGCAGAUACAACCACAGUCGGAAUUUUGAACUUGACUGAACGAUAUAGUUUAAUAUUUUUGUCAGCAUGAAGGAUUUAUAAGGAAAAUUGGUCACUAUCUACGUUAAAAUUGAAUUCAAUAGUUGUGUUGCAUAACCAGUGGAACGAAAGAUAUACCUGAAAGAACUCCAGCCAUGACUGAGAGACUGUGAUACCGUAUUCAGAUGAUAAGACAACUGAACAACAGUCAGCAACAAGGAGAUUUGAUUUAUUUUAAUACAUAAGCUGAAGUUUGCUUUCAGGUAUUGAAUGUCACUUGCAAUAAAAUUUAUUUAUUUAUU